CUCGACUUCUUCGGGCGCAAGGAGGGAGCCCCUCCGGGGUCUGCCGAGGAAGGCUGGGGGCUCGCGGGGGCUGGAGAGGAGGCAAAGGGUGGAGACCAGCAGAAGGAGGACGGAGCCGGGAAUAACGACGGAGAGAUGGCAGGAAAGAGAAGAAGAAAGGCAGAAAGCAGCGGAGGGAAAAGGAAAAAGAAAAAAACGCGAGAAGCAGCAUCAAUGCCAGAGCUGUCAGAAAGUAAUGGAAUAAAGUGGAUGUCCUCCCUGGAAGCAAAAUUCGAAGAUGCGAAAGACAAAAAACCUACUGCAGAAAAACUCGAACGCUUGAGAAGAGAAAAGAUAAACCGCUUCAGAAAUCAACACAAGAUUACUGUUCAAGGAACAGAUCUUCCUGACCCAAUCGCCACAUUCGAUCAACUUCAAAAGGAAUACAAAAUCCACCCUAAAAUCAUGGAGAAUAUUCAAGCUGCUGGCUUCCAGGUCCCAACACCAAUCCAGAUGCAGGCUAUUCCCGUCAUGCUUCACGGUCGGGAACUUCUAGCUUCAGCUCCUACUGGGUCUGGAAAAACUCUGGCAUUUUGUAUUCCUCUCUUGACACAUCUGAAACAACCUAGGAACAAAGGAUUCAGAGCGCUGAUCAUAUCGCCUACCCGAGAACUUGCUAGCCAGACACAUCGGGAGCUGGUGAAGUUGGCUGAGGGGACAGGCUUCAGAAUACAUAUGAUCCACAAGGCAGCUGAAGCAGCAAAGAAGUUUGGGCCCAAGUCUUCUAAGAAAUUUGAUAUACUAGUUACUACUCCAAACAGGCUCAUUUAUUUGCUGAAACAAGAUCCUCCAGCAAUAGACUUGACCAGUGUGGAGUGGCUGGUGGUGGAUGAGUCAGACAAGCUGUUUGAAGACGGGAAGUCGGGGUUCCGAGAUCAGCUGGCCUCCAUCUUCCUGGCAUGCACGUCCCACGUGGUGAGAAGAGCCUUGUUCAGCGCAACCUUUGCGCACGAUGUAGAGGAGUGGUGUAAACUCAACCUUGACAGUGUUGUUCUGGUGUCUGUUGGAGCAAGAAACUCCGCAGCAGAGACAGUAGAACAAGAGCUGUUGUUUGUUGGAUCUGAGACAGGAAAACUAACGGCAAUGAGAGAGCUUGUUAAAAAGGGUUUUGCUCCUCCGGUCCUUGUUUUUGUACAGUCUAUUGAGAGGGCUAAAGAGCUUUUCCAUGAACUUAUUUAUGAAGGCAUCAAUGUGGAUGUCAUCCAUGCAGACAAAACUCAGCAACAGAGAGAUAAUGUAGUACACAGUUUCAGAGCUGGGAAGAUCUGGGUGCUCAUCUGCUCAGCCCUACUAGCUCGAGGGAUUGACUUCAAAGGAGUGAAUAUGGUCAUUAAUUACGACUUGCCAACGAGUGCAGUGGAAUACAUCCACAGGAUAGGUCGUACUGGAAGAGCAGGGCACACAGGAAAAGCAGUAACUUUCUUUACAGAAGAUGAUAAACCUUUAUUACGGAGUAUAGCCAAUGUUAUUCAGCGAGCUGGCUGUCCUGUGCCAGACUACAUAAAACACUUUCCCAGACUGCAGAGCAAACAGAAGAAGAAAUUCAUUAAGAAACCAUUGACAAGAGAAUCCAUUUGUACCACCCCUCAGUGCUUCUUAAAAAAAGCCAAAAGAAAAACGAAAACCACAAAGGAAAAUAUUAAGGAAAAAAAGAAAGUUAAAGAAGAUAAAAAUGGCAGUAAAUUACAGACUGUUUCAAAAAGCUGAAUAGCAACAGACUACUCGUGAGCUGGGGCUGUGACACCUGUGUCCAUACUGAAGAACAGAAGAACGAAGAUAGUGGCAAAAGGGAAGGGAGCAAAAUAUUUAUGUUUCCUUCUGCGUGAGGAUGGAUGUUUACAUGCGAGAAAGUCUCUACUGAAAUUGCCAGUAGAGGAUUCCUGAAUGCUUCUUACAGAAGCUGAAGAGUGUGCUCUUGCAGUAAAUGCCUUGUGUUUCUGCACAAUAGUUCAAAAAUAACAUGUUUGUGUCACUGUCACACAGUUUUGUAUUACUCCUUGGAAAUACUGUCAGUUCUGUGUUCAGAUUAUCCCGAAUAUGUUUGUCGGACUUCCAGAAGAUUCAGUGGCAGAAAACACGCAAAGCUUACUUUGCAGCUGUCAAAGACUUCUCUGGACACUUUAAAAAAACAAAACAAACCCACUUGUAUGUGAAAGUAAAGCCUUGCUCCUCCUACUUUUUUGCUUCUAUAAAAUAAUUUUGAAAUAACUAAUGCUUUACCUGUCUGUGAACUCUAGUAAUUUUGUACUGUUUCAUAUUUAAGCCUCAAAACAGAAUAAACAAGGUCAUCAAAGAUUCUAAUACAGAGACCCGCCUGUCUAUGCAGCCUUGAUGGAACAAGUCUGCAGGCAUUAUUCCUUGGCCUGUUAACCCAAAAAAGGCCAGGCUCCAUGCAUUUUCCGCCUCCUCAUCUGCUAAGCGUGUUCUCCAGCCACCGUGGCUGUGUCAGAAUUCCAGUAAUGCAGGAAUGGCUUCUCCUUUGCAACUAUAAUCCUGUACAGGAUUGUCUUCUUGCUUUGUCAUACUUAAUCCAAUUUGGAAAUGGAUCCCAGGUCUGUGUAACUCAUUUACAGCAGAGCGCUGUUAAUUGCUCUGCCCAAGUGACGACUGUGAAGUUUUGUGAGAAACUGAUGUAAAGAUGCUCUGCAUCUUGUUUUGCUUAUUCCUGAGCUAGACUGAAGCCGAGUUAUUUUUGCUUUGUUUGCAGAAUUGCAUCUUAUAUUUGGAUCAUAUAGGAAAUAAUGUCUUCAUUUUGGCAUCUGUGAAC